AUGGCCAAUCGUCGAUUCCUGGCAAAUAGGCUUAAACGCAACAUUCUCGUUUCAACAAUAUGCAUACCAGACGUAAUACACUACUUAUCAGAAACGAGAGAUUCAGCUAGGUUCCAGAAGAGUGCAAGUGAAGCAGGCCAAGAUGCCUCAAAGGAUGAGAAAAAAUUAACCGAGAAACACAAACAGUUUGUCUAG